AAUUGUUGAUUGAGGUCGGGUUAAAUGUUUUUAUUUUUGAUGGGGGGGGAUUUUCCUUUUAUUUUUCCAUGGCCGUCACCUUGGGCAGAUGUUUUGCAAGAUACCGAAUUUGAAACUCUCUCGACAUCUGUCAUCAAGGCCCCUUCAUAUUCUCCGUAAUGGCCCCUCCCACCGGCUUUUGUUAUUCGCUAUCAACUGAAUUAACGAAAAAUAAAAUGAAAAAAGUAGUGCAAGGUUCCCUAGAUCGCUUUCCAGUUGUUGUUGUUUUUUUGGUCGAAGGUUUUUUCAAUUCUCCCUACGACAUUGUUUCUCCGUUGGCUCGGCUCUUUUUCUACCCCCCUUUGCCCAGGAGAAAACGUUUGGCCUCUCUCUUCCUGGGCACCUCAAACAUUCGUGAGUCACGAAGUCAGAACGGCCGUGCGGUGGUGGCGGCGGCGGUGGGAGAUUUAUUAUGAUAUUCUCUCUCUUCUCUAUUUUUCUUUCCAACAGAUAUAGUCGGUGGCAGGCCGUUGAAAAGUUCGGGGGCUACGAUGAUGAGUGUGAGCCGUCACGUCCGUCCGUACGUGUCCGCCACGACGCAUUUUCGAACCCCCAUUUACUCUCCUGUCUCGGUUGUUUCCUAUUUGCCUUUCGUGUGUGUGUUUUUGGGAAGAGGGGGGAGUUCGUGUGAAGGAAAAAUAUUCGACAAGGAGGAGGAGAAUUUUUUGAGUUUUUUUUUGUUUUGUUUUCCGAACAAAAGAUCCGUUCGGACACGGUCGGCCACUUUCGCCACGUCGACGUGAAACCCAAGAAGAAGAAGAAGAAACAACUUUUCUCUCUCUCUCUCUCUCCCCUUCAGGUCCGUUUGUUUUGUUGGAGCCAACAAGCGAAGCGAUCGCUUUGAGCGGUUAAUUUUUAAUGAUCGCCAAGGGAAAAUGAGCGAGCAAUCAUCCAGAAAACGGACAUUACACACACACCACACAGUACGACGAACCCCCCCACCGUGUAGUCAAUUCAUUCGAUAAUAACUGUUUGAAGGGAAAUUCAAUUUCAUUCCAUCUGCGGAUGGUCUAAACCAAAAAAUAAUAAUAAGAAAACCAAUUGGUAAUUGUUUCUCAAUUAUUUUGAAUCCAAGAAGAAAUCUCUUGGAGAGGGGUGGGGUGAGGAGUCGUAUGGACUGGCGGCGGCCGUGAGUGAGUUGAGACAUGGGCAUCAUCGGCGAGAUGAAGCGCGACAAAUCGUUGGGAAGCAGCGCCAGCAGCGCCAGCAGUGGCAACCGGAGCGGCAGCAGUUUGUCGAGCGACCGGCCUCGCCCGCUCUCGGCCUUCUGGGGCGGACUCGGCUCCAAAUCCUCGUCGCCCAAAUCGGAGCCCGUCGUGCCCAAGGGCUACAAGCUCAAGCACUCGUACGGAGGAUCUACCGGACACUUGGACGCCUACGGAGCCGGAAUGGGUGGCGGGAUGAGACCGGCUGUCUCCAUGCCCGUGGUGGCGGCCGCCGCUGCUGCUGCCCACCACCUUCCGGUGGCGUCGCCCAGCAGCCGGAACAAUACCACCAGCAGCAGCAGCAGCAGUGGCAGUCAUCCCAUUAGCGGGGCCAACAACAUCAACAAACAUCAUCGCCACCAACAACAUCGCAACAGUCUGCCGCCGGCCUUGAUUCAACAUCCUUCGCUGCAGCAGCGACCCAAUCAGCAACGGCCACCGUCGCGUGCAAUCGGCACCGGUGGCUUAACGUCCCGGAUGAAAGUGGAUCCCGAAUUGAUCUUCACCAAACAGGAGAGGAUCGGCAAGGGCUCGUUUGGCGAAGUGUUUAAAGGCAUCGACAACCGGACGCAGCAGAUCGUGGCCAUCAAAAUCAUCGACCUGGAAGAAGCCGAAGAUGAGAUCGAAGACAUCCAGCAGGAGAUUAUGGUGUUGUCGCAGUGCGAUAGCCCUUACGUCACUCGCUACUACGGAUCCUACCUCAAAGAGACGAAACUGUGGAUCAUUAUGGAGUACCUGGGCGGCGGUUCGGCGCUCGACCUGAUGAAGGCCGGCCAUUUCGACGAAAUGCAAAUCGCCAUCAUCCUCCGCGAAGUGCUCAAGGGCUUGGAGUACCUUCACUCUGAACGCAAACUCCAUCGCGACAUUAAAGCUGCCAACGUGUUGCUGAGCGAGCAGGGCGACGUGAAAUUGGCGGAUUUCGGCGUUGCCGGCCAGUUGACCAACACGACCAGCAAGCGCAACACCUUUGUGGGAACGCCCUUCUGGAUGGCACCUGAAGUCAUCAAGCAAUCAGCCUACGACUCAAAAGCGGACAUAUGGUCGCUGGGCAUCACGGCUAUCGAACUUGCCAAAGGGGAGCCACCCAAUUCCGAUUUGCAUCCCAUGCGGGUCCUCUUCCUCAUCCCAAAGAACAAUCCGCCUCAAUUGACGGGCAAUUACUCCAAGCAGUUUAAGGAGUUUGUUGAAGCUUGUCUCAAUAAAGAUCCCGAAAAUAGGCCAACGGCCAAGGAGCUGCUGAAAACGCCUUUCAUCCGCAAGGCCAAAAAGAAUCCCUACCUGAUCGACCUGAUUGACCGCUUCAAAAAAUGGCGGAUGAUGCACAACGGCGACAGUGGCACCGAUUCCGACAACUCCGACUCUGAGGGCUCUCACACGGACAACGACGCCAGCGAUCCGUGGAUCAACACGGUGACGAGCAUCGAGUCGAUCGUGGCCCGCAGUGGCUACCCGUCGGAUUGGAGCGACAACGGAGGAGAUAACAAAGAGUCGACCACUACCAGCAGCACCAACAAGGUGUUGUCAUCCUCUGAGCAGCAGCAGCAGUCACGUUCCCCGCCAUCUUCAGCGCCGGUCAAGAGUCCGAUGAACGGGAAUUCCGUGACGGUUGUCGCGGCCGCCUCCGUCGCCUCGUCUACCACCACCAACUCCUCGGGCGAUCGAAACCUGUCACGAUCCGAUGCCGAGCUAUCCAAAUCGCCUCCCAAAGAGUUGUCCAGUCCCAGCAAACAACCAGACCAGAACAACAGGAGGUUACAGGCCAGCCCUUCGAGGGCCGGCGAGGUCGGAGUCAGGAGAUUUGAGGAGCCGGAACGGGACAGAGACAGUCGCACUGAACAUCAUCAUCAUCAGCAGCAGCAGCAGCGAAGCCGCGGUGAAAAGCAACAGGCCCCGCCUCCACCCAUUAAGGAUCUCAACCGGCGCAAUAAUGACGAGCCGGACACUACGACAAAACCUCACAGAUCCUCGCAGCAGCAGCACAAUUCGAGGCCAAAGAAUGCCGUGCCCACCGUCAUAUCGCCCCUCCUUGUCGACCUAUCAAAGAGGUAUCGCGGUGGCAACGGUGGCAACGGUAAAAGUCCGCUGGAUGAAUUGCUCCACGCUUUCGAGAUGGCCGAGAGGUCCAGUCCAGGCGUCACGGAACUCUUUGUUCGAGAUUUGCUGGCCAAAAUGGUGCCCAACAUGACCGAGUCCCGCGUCAAAUCUGUCGUCGAUCGAAUGAUUAGAGAUUCAUCCUAGGUGACAUGAGAGACCUAAUUCAAGCGAAAUUUGAAACAAAAAGAAGAAGCUGAUCGUACUUAUCGAGCGAGAAAAAUUUUGUUGUCUAACCCGAUGACGACGCCAUCAUCAUCACCAAUUCCCUCCCCUCCUCUCGUCUUUGUUUUACAUAUAAUUAAACAAACAAACAAAAAAUAAGAGAAUCAGAAGAAUAAGGAAAAAAAGAGAGAAAAGAAGAAUAGCUGAUAUAACUAUUGUUAAUCAUUUCCCCCCUCCCCCUCCUGUUAUUGUAUCCGGAGCGGUUCCUUCCGCCCUCCCACAGCUCCGAGAGUGUGUGCGUGUAUGUUGUGUGUGCCGUAGAGAGAGAAAUGUUGUCGAUGGAGGGGAGGAGGAGGAUCCGGGGAAUUUUCAAAAAAUAUUCUUUUUUUUUUUCUUUCAAACAAUUUAAAAAUAAGAAAAUCAAUUUAUUAUUAAUAAGGGGAGAAAAGAGAGUCCUAGCGUGAUUGUGUUAUAUAACUACCUUGUGGAGAAAAAUGUUUUUCCCUUCUCUCCUUCUCUCUGUGGUUGAAAUUUAAACAUUUUUGUUUUGUUUUCAUUUAAUUGGGAAUGCAAACGGAAAGUCACAAAAAAACGAAAAGAAGAAAAAGUUGUUUGUUUUUGAGGUAGUCGUGCGCUACACUUAAAAAGUCUUUAGGGAUGGAAGAUUUUUUUGAACCAUAGGAUUUGAAACAGUUGAGAAAAAAAAUCAAAUUUUUAUUGGUGUGUGGUGUAAUUAAAAAAAAAAACCUUGUUGCAAGUCCUUUUUGAUUCUUCCAACGUAUUUAGUGAAAAAGUUAAACAAAAAAAAAACAUCAUUCGGUUCAAUUCCCUCCCCAGGCUCUUCUUCAUUUCUUUUGUUUGGUUGUUUCAUUUCCGCUCGCCUCUACAUUUUGCGUGUGUGUUUGUAAUAUCUUUUUUAGGGUUUUCUUUGUACAGACCUUCUACCCCCCUUUCUCUCCCCAUUUUUUGCAAAUAGUUAAAGAAAAGAGCAAAAGAAAAAUUUAAAAGGAAAAAAUACCGUGAAUGUUUUUUUCAUACCACACACUUCCCUCCUCCUCUCCCAUCCAUCAAAAUGAUUUAAACUAAUACAAAAUUUCAACAACUCCAAA